UGUGUUUCCUAAAUAACCCUCUUUGACAUUUCUUGGCUCUUGCUUGUGAGCCACGGCUCUGCAUCGCGCCAAUCAGCAACCUGAAUUGUCCUACUUUUGGGCUUUGUCUGUGUGUCGGACGACAUUUUUGAGGGAGUCGGCCAGUCAGUUUGGUUUCCUGUGUCCUUGCGCACCUGUUUCACUAAAGAGGUGGAAUGGAGGAGAUAAGGAAGAAUCAGCUGGAAGAGGAAGGCCUCGGCGUGGCCCCAGGUGAAAAAAUAAUCAAACUUCAGCCGUCGUCUCUACAGAACCCUGAACUUCAGAGGCUAAAGCAGAUGCUGAUCAACUGGAUUAACAUCACUCUGAAGAAGGAGCACAUCAUCGUUCAGAGCCUGGAGGAGGACCUGUUUGAUGGGCUGGUGCUCCACCAUCUCCUGGAAAGAUUAUCAGAUGUGAAGCUGACCGUGGAAGAGAUCGCAGUGACAAGGGCUGCCCAGAUCUUGAAACUGAAGGUUGUCCUGGAAGCUGUGAACCAGAAGCUGGGGAUCCAGGAUGAGGCCUCCUGCAAGUGGAGCGUCAAACUCAUCCAGGCCAAAGACCUACUCGCCACACUGCACCUGCUCGUCGCCAUGGUGAAGCACUUCCAGCCCGAGCUGGAGCUGCCAUCGGACCUAACAGUGGAGGUCGUGAUGUUGGAGGUCACCAAAAUGGGAAUCAUAACUGAGAAAGGGGUGGAGUGCAUCACAGAGUCAAGUGCUUCCAAAGCGGACCCGGAAAAUAAUUUAAAAGAGGAAGACCCCAUUGAUGAGCUUCUGAAAAUGGAACCACAGAAAGUGGAGACAGUGAAAAAGGCGAUUCUCCACUUUGUCAACAAGAACGUGGAACCACUAGGUCUUCAGGUGACAGAGAUAGACAAGCAGUUUGCAGAUGGGGUGAUCCUUCUCCUGCUGAUUGGACAGGUGGAGGGCUAUUUCAUACCACUCUACAGCUUCAGCCUCAGUCCCACCUCCAGUUUUGAAAUGCUGCAGAAUGUGACCCUCGCUCUGGACCUGCUGAACAGCCAGACGAUGCAGGUGCCAAACGUGGAUCCCAGUGACAUCACGUCCCAGGAUGUAGCCGCCACCUUGAAGAUCCUUUAUGCCCUUUUUAAGAAGCACAAGAAGAAAUGAAUGCCGUUGGGACACUCAGAAGUGAUAGAGAAGUGGGUUAUGUUAUGGUCUUCUGGAGUUUGUCUAACGAUUACGUAACGCAGUUCCCGAGGACUCAGACAGCUUACAGAGAAAUCCCUCACCCAAGUCGGAACCUGACCUAAUCUGCUUGCAGAUUUUUUGCCGUGUUUCUUUACUUUCAGCUUCUGUUUGUAAACAGGGACUCCAGCACUGUGCCUUACCUGGGCUGGGCUCCAGGGUUGUUCUAAAGCAGCGUUACUCACCAUAGGUAUUGGACUGGAAUUUUCCCGGGUUCGCGUCCGUGUGGCUGCCCAUUACGGACCAAACUGCAUUUCCCUGCCGCAGUCCUGCAACCCAGCAGAGCGUUCUCACAGCCAGUGGUUGAGAGACCUGUUGUAAAGUGCAUCCAUUAGGCAGAUUUGCAUUUCUUCCCACCUACAGCCUGAAAAUACUACAGUACUAUCACAACACUUGAAAACAGAUUAAGAAUCAGAUGGCCUAGAUGAUAAAACAAAUGAAAACUAAGCACGAGAGAUGCCAACCAUUUAUUUCAUGAAAGAUAUCAAUAAUAUUUUUCCCCGUAACUCUGCCAAUGCCCACUUAGCUUACCUAAUGCGGUACCUUUCCUCUUUGCUUGCUGGUGCAAUGACAGUCUUCAGACACAGGUGGGAGCUCUUGAGAUUCAGCUCUCACUAAACUUCGCCAUUAGCUGCUUCAGAUGGAUGUAUAUUAGACAACAUCGCUUGACAGACCGGAGACCAGCGAGCGAGCAUGACAACAACAAGAGGCCUUCGGCUGCGAAUAUUCAGUAUGACUGUAAGUCUGUGGUCUGUCGCAGUCUAAGAUUUCAUUAUAAAAUGUCUCCCUCCUACAGAGCGUAGCUGAUAUACAAACAUUUGUUCUCUGUUCUUUAUGUAAGAGCACACUCAAUUAAUAAAACAACGGGUAAACCUCAAA